CCAUCUUUGAUUGUACAAAAUAUUUAAUCGCAUGCUUUUUUUGUGCAGCUCCAGACCUCUAUGAGGAGUCACUCUUUUAAACCUUUUUUCCAGACAUUAAAUUAAUAUUUUCUUUUCACAGCUGAAUUAGCUGAGCUCUAAACUCACUCUGUUUCUGGACAAUGUUGAGACAGAAGAUAUCUUUGGCUGUCUUCAUGUUUUGUUUUGUUCUUAGGGGCACUGUAGGUCAGUGCCAGUCCAAUCCUACCUGCUCAGAGUGUGUGCAGCAUGCCAGCUGUGCUUGGUGUAAGCAGAAGGGUUUUCUGAGUCCAGGAGAGCCAGACUCUAAGCGUUGUGACACUGCAGAGGGUCUGAGGAGAAGGAACUGCUCAGCGAUCAUUGACCCCAAGCCUAACGUCCAGAGCAUCACUGACACAAAGCUGGGCAGCAGUUUGGACAACGUGGUCCAGCUUCGACCACAGAAGCUCCAUCUCAAGCUCAGAGUUGGAGUUCCCCACACGUUUGAGGUGGUGUUCAAAAGAGCUGAGGGCUACCCUAUUGACCUGUACUACCUUAUGGAUCUUUCAUUUUCCAUGAGAGAUGAUUUGGAGAAUGUGAAGUCACUGGGCCGUAAUGUCGUCUCUACUUUGAAGAACUUCACCCAAGCUGUGAGGAUUGGUUUUGGAGCUUUUGUGGACAAGCGUGAAAGUCCCUACGUUAACAUAAAUCCAAAAAAAUUGGCCAAUCCUUGCCCCCUGAACCAGUGUCAGCCAUCGUUCAGCUUCCAGCAUGUUCUAAAGCUCACUGACAACAUGGAGGAAUUUGAGACAGAGGUCAGCAAGCAAAAAAUCUCCACAAACGAGGACCUGCCUGAGUCUGGCUUUGACGGAGUAAUGCAGGUUGCUGUAUGUGAGAAAGAAAUCGGGUGGGGCAACGUGACCCGUAUCCUGGUGUACCUCUCUGAUGAUCUCUUCCACAUGGCUGGAGAUGGCAGGCUCGCUGGUAUUGUCAGGCCAAAUGAUGGAAAAUGCCACUUAAAUAGUAUGGGAUUCUACGAAAAGGCCACAGUCUACGACUACCCUUCGAUUGCCCAUCUUUCCGAGGUCCUUGCUAAGAACCAUAUAAAAAUAAUAUUUGCGAUUACUGAGAAAGUUGUUGAGAGCUAUCAGGCAGUCAGUGAAUUAAUUCCCCAGUCAGUGGUGGGCAUUUUGGAGGAUGACUCCAGUAAUGUUUUACAGCUCAUCUCUGAUGCCUACAAUGAUUUGGUUUCUAAGCUGAUACUGGAGCAUCACAAAGCUCCAGCAGGACUGGACAUCUCCUACAGCUCACACUGCAGCGAUGGCACCAAUACUCAUGGCCAGAGACGAGGAGAGUGCAGAAACGUAGGCUUCGCUCAGCAGAUUAAUUUCACCGUCACGGUGAGCAGUUCAGUAUGUUUCUCCGACAUCCAGUCCUUCAUUAUCAAACCUCAAGGCCUUAAUGAAGAGCUUUCCGUGACGGUGGAGACAAUCUGCGAUUGCGAUUGCAGCGACACAGAGAAGCAGUCAACGGAAUGUCAUGGCAAUGGAACAUACACAUGUGGCAUCUGCAGCUGUGAUGAAGGCUACAUUGGUCAGACGUGCGAGUGUGAGAAGCAGCAGAAUGCAGACUCCAUAUUGACCAUGGAUGCUGCAUGCACACACAAUAACAGCACACAAAUUUGCAGCGGUCAUGGGAGCUGCCUAUGUGGUCAAUGCAUUUGCCGCAGUCACUACCGAGGCCAGCACUGCCAGUGUGAUGACACCAGCUGCAAUUACCACAAAAACCUCAUCUGUGGAGGAAAUGGGCGAUGUAACUGUGGCACUUGUGAAUGUCACCCAAACUAUGAAGGGCCUGCCUGUGAAUGUCCUACCAUUGCAGAUGAGUGCCAUACAGGAAAUAGGAGUAUAUGCAGUGAUCAUGGGCACUGUGAAUGUAAUCGAUGUAUAUGCAAUCCAGAUUUCAAAGGCAAGCACUGCAAUGAGGCCCUGUAUCCCUGCCUUGAAUAUGGGGCUUGUGUUCGGUGUAGGUUGUCAAAUACAUCAGGAAAAGAAAGCUGUGAACAAAGCUGUUCCUCUACUGAGCUCAUUUAUUCACCUGAAACACAAACCUUUUCCUGUCAUAAUGAAAUGUUUUUUUUUAAUGUGGAGUCGAACAGUGAGACUGUCCGAAUCUUCUACAGUGAAAAGCAAAACCUCCAGACCUUUCAGAUGUCCAUGUUUGGGACCUUGGUGAUCUUCUGCAGCGGAGUUGGAGGAGUUGUAAUUUUGGGGUCCACUAUGAUCUUAACAUACCUUGUACUUUUAAACAUCUACUACCAAAUCGUGCCUUAACCCUUUAAAAUACCAUCGUUGUUACAUACUAAAGCUUAUUAUCCAGUAACUACAGGGACUUCAAUGCAA